UAGAAUCAGUUUGAAAUUGAACGCGGAAGAGGAAAUACUUAAAAAAGAAAUCCAAAAAACCAGGAUAGUUUGUUAUGAAAGUCCAUACUUCAAAGCACUUGCCAUGGCUUUUGGUGAUAGUGGCCGUCUUUUGGAGCUGGCAGCUAAAUGUUUUGGCCCUCAACAAAGUUGAACCCCUCCACCAAACCUGUGACAACGAGCAGCGGUACGAAAACCAGGUGAUGUGCGCCGGCAAGGAGUUUGGCUGCCUGGUUCCAUAUCCGGAUAAUUGCAGUUUGUUCCUUGUCUGCGAUUGUCUCUAUCCAACGGUGAAGCUAUGCCCAGCGAAUCUCUGGUGGGACAAUAAAACUCAGCUAUGCAACUACCCUCAAGCCGUCGAUUGCAUUUACUACGAUAUAGAGCCCACGGAGCCAUCGGAUGGAUCCACGUUGACUACUCAAGGGUCGACAGCGAGUACCACGAAAGGCACAACCACAACACCAUCGGUUACCUAUCCAACUUCCAGCUGGGAUCCACCACCACCACCUCCCGGUAUAUCAGACGAUUUUUGUCGCUCUUUCAAGGAUAGUUCCGUGCACCGAUAUCCCUACGAUUGUCAGGCGUAUAUCAACUGUACUCAUGGCUGGCCAGUUUUGAACUACUGCGAUAAGGACAAGGUUUUUAAUGACCUACUUCUCAUUUGCGAUACACCGGAUACGGCUAAUUGCACAGAGCUUCCCUUGCCCACAUCCACAACAGCUGAGAUACCUUCUUCAACAACAACAGAGAUCCCCACCACAUCAACCACCGAGGGGUAUUUUACAUGUGGUCCAGGUCCUGAAGGUAUAGAUGAUGAUUACUGUCAGCCCAAGGGGAAUGGAUUCUACAAAUAUCCCUACAACUGCAGUGGUUACUUGGCCUGCCGAAGUGGCUGCACCGAUUUGGAAUAUUGCCAGGAGGAUAAGCUUUUCAACGAUUUUCUGCAUAUUUGCGAUACUCCGAACUCAGUGGAAUGUGAUGACAGACCUUUUCCCACCACAACCCCAGAGAGUACAACUAAGCCCACUACUACGACACCUCUUACCACAUCUCCGAGUACGACAUCAGGACCAACAUCCACCACUCCAAGUACAACCAGCACCACGGCGGGAACCACCACAACCACACCAGGACUUCCAUCAGAUGUGGAUCCCGAUGAUUGCAAGGGUUAUCCGGAUGGAACUAUUUUUCCGUAUGCUGGAAAUUGUUCUCAGUACCUGUUCUGUAAAAACAAUCAAGUGGAAAUGGGCGAAUGUCCUUUGAAUUUGCUCUUCAACUAUAAGAUUCUACUUUGUGAUGAAGCCGAUGAUGUUGAGUGCUAUGGUGAUCGCACCACCACGCCCCUGCCAACUACUAAGCCACCAACCACCACCCCAGAGCCAACAACGCCCACUACAACAACAACCACAAAGGCCACAACUUCGGGACCCAGCGAGCUCUGUGAAGGCCAAGAGGUUGGUGCGUCCUAUGCCUAUCCAGAAGAUUGCUCGCAAUACUAUUUGUGUUUGGGCAAUGGCAAGUGGACUCUGGCACCCUGUAUAUAUGGAAGUUACUUUGAUCCAUCAACUGGAAUUUGUGGCCCAAAUGUGUCUCCUGAGGCUUGCAAAGUAUCGGCAACUUCGACAACACCAACAACCACCACAGUGUCAACAACAACCCAGGAGGUUACCAGCCCCAAAACCACAACAGUGGAGCCUUCAACUACUCCUCGAACCACCACAACUGUAGGUCCUUCUUCCGGGAUAUGUGCCGGUCGCAAUGAUGGCGAAAACAUAGCCUAUCCGAAUAAUUGUAAUAAGUAUAUCGUCUGUGUAUCGCCGAUUCCCAUUGCUUUUUAUUGUCCUGCUGAUACAUUCUUCAGUUCGGAGCUGCAGAAUUGCAUUGAAAGCUGGGAAGACAGUGAUUGCGAGGAUGAACAAAGCACUACGACAUCGGAGCCGGGUUAUACAAGACCUCCUCCGGAACCCACGAUGUGCACCAACAGCAGUAGAGAUACGUUCCCAUAUCCAGAUAACUGCCAGUGGUUCAUCCGUUGUGUGGACGACUAUAUUUACAUGAUGGAUGUCUGCAACUGUGGGGAGUACUACGAUCCCAUAACUGAGAAAUGUGGGCCAGAUGUUCCAUCAGACGCUUGCCGCUGGGAUUACACCUCAACCACAACCACCGAGCAGCCGACUACCACAACUGCAGCUACAACCACCUCUCCUGUUACCAGACCUCCUCCCCAAAAAGGACCCUGCGACGAUGUGGAGGAUGGAGCUUUGGUUCCUUAUCCAAAUGAUUGCACUAAGUACAUCCAAUGUAGUCGGCCCAUCGCCGAAGCUUUUGAUUGCGAUGACGGUGAUGAGUUUAGCGUGGAAUUUCGAAAGUGUGUGGAUGCUGAGCUCGCAAAUUGUUCGAUUACCACCACCGCCAAGCCAACGGAAUCUACGACGUCCACAUCGGAAGGAGAUACCUCAACAAGUCCUGCACAACCAACGACAGAACCAUCGACUUCAACAACAACAGCAGCAUCGACUUCAACAUCAAUAGAUCCUUCAACUUCAACAACAAUAGAACCUUCGACUUCAACAACUAUUGAGCUAUCAACUGAAUCUACUACCCAAGAACCAAGUACUUUCCCUACUGAGAAAUCAACCGCUACAUCCACCACAGAGUCGACCACAGCUUCUACUACAUCAGAACCAGGAUCUUCAACCUCAGAGCCAGGAACAACAACCACAGAAAAGCCACGAGAUGGUGUUUGCGAUGGUAAAACGGAUGACUCUUUGGUUCCUUAUCCAAACGAUUGCGGAAAAUACAUUAUGUGCCAAUAUCCGAUACCAGUUGGCUAUGAUUGUCCGGACGGCUUGGAGUUUAGCCCCACUGAGCUUACUUGUAUGGAUCCGGAUUUAGCUGGCUGCAGUCCAAAACCAACGACUCCUGGUUUAACAACCACAACGACAGAAAAAUCCACUACCAAGGGAUCUACAACUCCACAAACUACUACAACAAUUGAAUCCACAACUAUUUCAACAACGCCACAAUCGACGACUACUAAAUCCACAACAGUAUCAACGACACCGCAGACUACAACAACUGAAUCAACAACAGCUUCCACGACAACAGAGUCCACAACUAUUUCAACAACACCGAAAACAACUACAACCGAAUCGACAACCGUUUCAACAACUCCACAGACUACAUCGACCGCAUCAACAACACCUUCCACGACAACCGAAUCUACUACCACUACAACCGAAUCCACAACCGUUUCAACAACUCCGCAGACUACAACAACCGAAUCAACAACAGCUUCCACCACAACCGAGUCCACUACAAUUACAACACCGAAAACAACGACCACCGAAUCAACAACUUCAACAAAAACGACUGAGGCGCCCCCUCCAACCUUGGAUCCGUACACCCCCAAUAUUUGCUGCGGUCAAACCCUGGGAACUUUGCUACCUUAUCCGAAUGACUGCAGUCGCUAUGUGGUGUGUGACUAUCCUAUCCCCUAUUCUGUGGACUGCCCAGAGGGAACUGUUUUCGACGAUAAAAUAUUGCAAUGUUCCACAGUACCCAAUGAGAGGUGUCUUUAUGACCAAUAUUAAAUAUUAACUUUCAAUAAAGAGCAUUUGAGCAGUUA